GGCACUCAGCAACAGGGCAGGGUGCAGCAUUUCGAGCCUGUCCUGCCUCCUCUGCUCUCAAAAUCAACUUCCCUCUCAGCACUAAGGACACUCCAUCUGAAAGCUCAUCUCAAAGGCUGACUGUAAGAGCAAGAGGCGUCAUUUCUAUGAAUGAGAUUGUUUUUGUAAGUGCAGAUGCGGAAGCUGUUACCACCAGAACAUUUAGCAAACUGGUGAAAGGAAGCAGUGGAGCUGUAGCGUAGGAGCAGGUUCAAGCACUCGGCUCUGGCUGCGCCCUGAGCUGCGUCCUUGCCACGAUGCAGCACUCCCAAGAAGAUUUGACUGCACCCGGAGAAGAAGAUGAUUCCUUUGGGGAAGGAAUAUCUCCAAGGCUCCCUGACAUCAUGUCAAUAGGAUCACAUUCAUUCUCCCCAGGAGGUCCUAAUGGGAUUAUUAGAAGCCAGUCCUUUGCUGGCUUCAGCGGGCUUCAGGAAAGACGGUCCAGGUGUAACUCCUUUAUUGAAAAUUCCUCUGCACUCAAGAAGCCCCAAGCAAAGGUGAAGAAAAUGCAUAAUUUGGGCCAUAAGAACAGCACCACGCCCAAAGAGCCCCAGCCUAAAAGGAUGGAAGAGGUCUACCGAGCCCUGAAGAGUGGCCUGGAUGAGUAUCUGGAAGUUCACCAGACAGAGCUGGAUAAGCUGACUGCUCAGUUAAAGGACAUGAAAAGAAACUCACGCCUGGGAGUCCUGUACGAUUUAGAUAAGCAAAUCAAAGCGGUUGAGAGAUACAUGAGAAGGCUGGAGUUCCACAUUAGCAAGGUGGAUGAGCUUUAUGAAGCCUAUUGUAUCCAAAGACGUCUCUGUGAUGGUGCCAGCAAAAUGAAGCAAGCUUUUGCAAUGUCUCCUGCCAGCAAAGCAGCUCGAGAGAGUUUGACUGAAAUCAACAGGAGCUACAAGGAGUACACAGAGAACAUGUGUACCCUAGAAGCAGAGCUGGAAAACUUAUUGGGGGAGUUUUGCAUCAAGAUGAAAGGUCUGGCUGGCUUCGCUCGGCUCUGCCCAGGAGAUCAAUAUGAGAUUUUCAUGCGUUACGGUCGCCAGCGAUGGAAACUGAAAGGCAAAAUAGAAGUGAAUGGCAAGCAAAGCUGGGAUGGAGAAGAGAUGGUUUUCCUCCCUCUCAUUGUUGGACUGAUCUCCAUUAAGGUCACAGAAGUUAAAGGGCUUGCUACUCAUAUCCUUGUGGGAAGUGUAACCUGUGAGACAAAAGACCUGUUUGCAGCUCGGCCUCAGGUGGUUGCAGUAGAUAUCAAUGACCUUGGCACAGUAAAGCUGAACCUUGAGAUCACCUGGUAUCCUUUUGAUGUUGAAGACUUGACCCCAUCUACAGGAAAUCUGAGCAAGGCAUCUGCUCUCCAGAGGAGAAUGUCCAUGUACAGCCAAGGCACUCCUGAAACACCAACCUUCAAGGACCACUCAUUCUUUAAAUGGCUGCAUCCCCUGCAAGACAGGCCAAAGUUGACAAUCUUAGAUGCUCUUCAAGACACUUUCUUUGACAAGCUUCGCCGCAGUCGCUCUUUUAGUGACCUGCCAUCGCUCAGGCUAAGCCCAAAAGCAGGGCUAGAGCUAUAUUCAAAUUUGCCAGAUGAUGUCUUUGAAAAUGGGACAGCAGCCACUGAGAAGCGGCCUCUCUCCUUCACUUUUGGUGACCUGCCUUACGAAGAUGCCGUGCCCCCUGCCAACUCAGCAGAGUCUGCUCAUGUCAGCUCCAGCCCCGACAUCAGAGCGACCCCCACCCAGCACCAAGCCCUUGAGUCCUCCCAGAGCUCAAGCCUGGACUGUAGCAGCAGCGACUCCCGCAGAGACUCUGUUGCUGAGCCAAAGGACCUGCCAUCCCAUGGAGAGGGAGUGGUGGCUGAGAGCAAGAACACCCCAAGGGCAGCUCCUGAAGUUUGCCAAAAAAUCUCUGAUGCUGGGAGCGAUCGUGUCUUUGUAGAAGCGAGUGUCCCGGUGUCUCUCCUGCAGGACACGGAUGAAGGUUCAGAACUCAAGCCUGUGGAGCUGGAUACCUAUGAGGGCAACAUCACAAAGCAGCUGGUCAAAAGGCUUACAUCAGCAGACACACCCCUGACCCCAGAGAGGCUGCCAUGUGAGGGAUCCAUUAGUGGGGAAUCGGAAGGAUAUAAAUCUUAUCUUGAUGGAAGCAUUGAGGAAGCCUUGCAAGGGCUUCUCUUAGCUCUUGAGCCACAUAAAGAGCAGUAUAAAGAGUUUCAGGACCUGGAUCAAGAAGUGAUGCAUCUAGAUGACAUCCUAAAAUGCAAGCCAGCAGUAAGCCGAAGCAGGUCCUCCAGUUUAAGUCUAACAGUUGAAAGUGCUUUAGAAAGCUUUGAUUUCCUGAACACCUCUGACUUUGAUGAUGAGGAUGGUGGUGGUGUGGAGGUUUGUAAUGGUGGAGGAGGUGCAGACUCGGUAUUUUCAGAUACUGAGAUUGAGAAGAAUAGUUACAGGACGGAGCACCCAGAAGCCAGAGGCCACCUGAGCGAAGCUCUCACCGAGGACACGGGUGUGGGCACCAGCGUGGCUGGCAGCCCUCUGCCCCUGACUACAGGCAACGACAGCCUCGACAUAACCAUAGUUAAGCACUUGCAGUAUUGCACCCAGCUCAUUCAGCAAAUUGUGUUCUCCAGUAAAACACCAUUUGUGACAAGAGACCUCCUGGAUAAGCUGUCCAGGCAGAUCCUCGUGAUGGAGAAUAUUGCGGAGAUCAGCACUGAGAACUUGGGAAACAUCACCUCUCUUACUGAUGCAAUUCCAGAGUUCCACAAGAAGCUGUCACUGCUGGCUUUCUGGAUGAAGUGUACUGGCCCUUCAGGAGUGUAUCACACCUCUGCAGACAAGAUGAUGAAGCAGUUGGAUAUCAAUUUUGCCACCACAGUGAAUGAAGAGUGUCCAGGACUUGCAGAAACAGUGUUCAGGAUCCUGGUGUCUCAGAUCCUGGACCGGACGGAGCCUGUCCUCUACUCCAGCAUGUCCUCCGAGACCAUCACUGUGUUUCAGUAUUACAACUACUUUGCCAGCCACAGUGUCAAUGACCUUGGAAGCUAUUUGCUACAGCUUGCCAAAGAAGCAUCUGUGGUUCAGGUGCUGCAGUCAGUGAAAGAUGGAAAACUGCAGCAAAAUGUGUCCAAAAUAAACUCCAAUAACCUUCUACCACAGCAGGAAGUUUUGAGGGCUUUGGCUUUACUUCUCAAUGAAAAUAAAAAUGAAGUCAGUGAGACUGUAGCAUCACUUCUGACAGCAACUGCAGAAAACAGGCACUUCAGGGAGAAGGCCUUGAUUUAUUACUGUGAAGCACUAACCCAGCCCAACCUCCAGCUGCAGAAAGCAGCUUGCUUGGCUCUAAGAUACCUCAAGGCUACUGAGAGCAUUAAAAUGCUGGUCACGCUCUGCCAGUCUGACAAUGAAGAGAUCAGAAAAGUGGCGUCCGAAACCCUGCUCUCCCUUGGAGAAGAUGGGAGACUGGCAUAUGAACAGCUGGACAAAUUUCCCCGGGAAUUUGUUAAAGUUGGAGGCCGCCGUGGAACUGAAGCUGCCACAGCUUUUUAGAUGGAAAAGAACCUGCUAAUAUUUAACAGGCAUUAAAGUAGGAUGGAGCUGCACUUCAGUGUGGGAAACAGAAGGAAGACUUUAAAGAAUCUAUGAGAAUGUUCCAAAAUGUAGCAAUUUACAGACUUCUUAAAGAAAAGCAAAAUCUAAAAUCCAGCUUAAGUGUUCCUAUUGGCUCCUCGUUGCAGCUCAUGAUGGAACAGUUGGAUCUGAGGAACAGUACUUUCUUGACUGGUUCUAAACAAAUAAUGUAAUUGCAGUUAUUCAGCCUCAACAGACUUCUGUGAGGUUUUUAGAAUUUGGCAUCUCCAUAUAUUUUCCUAUUAUAUUUACUUCCUUGAAGUUGUCAUGAAAGCUUGAGACGUCGGAUACCGUACCUAACAAGGACAAUCAGGAGGCCACCUGAGCUGGCACGCAAAGAAGUUUUCCCUUGAGUCCCAAAUGAAGUGUCUGCUGCCAUGCAGUUGUCUCCAGCAACACUCCAGUGGCAGGAAAUGCUGCUCAGCUUUCUCAGUUGUGUCUUAGUAAUGAAAUACAGGGAAAGUUCUGCAAGUUUUGCCUUGAGAAACAGCAAGAAACAGCGUGAUGUAAACCCUGGGAGGCGUCACUUUGGUGACUCAUUCUGAAUGCCUCCACUGGUCUUUUAUUCCCUUCUCCUGCCUUCCAGCAACAAACCAUCAUUAAUCCAGCGAUUUGUGAGGGGGAUCAAACAAUCAUGUAGGUUUCUGAAAACUAAAUGAAAAGGUAAAGUGCAUUUAUUUAUUCUGAGAAGUAGGAGUGAAUACCGCUAAUUGCACGAGUCCCUGAAACCAUUUUGUCCUGCAAGUUGCAGGCAGGAUUGGAUUUCAUACAUUCUAAUUAGAGGAGCAGGGUUUCUAUAGAGUGAUUUCAAUAUAAAGAACAGAACAAACUCAAGUGGACCUCGGAGGCAGUAAUAAACAGAGGGGGAAGUGAAUGCACCUCCCCUCCCUGCACUGCAAGGUUGAAAGACAGCGAGUGCUUCAAACUGUUGAUUACAAGCCUUAAGUUAACAGAGGAGGUGAAUAGAAUUUAACAGAAAAGUGUUCCUGUACUAUGUUCAUUAUGCAUGAAAUGCUAUUUAGAUGUCAAUUGAAGUAUCCAAAUUUGCAUAGACAACAUAGAAAAUAUUGCAAACAGUUCACAUCAAACGGAAACCUUGUGAGCCAAACACUUUGGCAGGCAGGGGUCAUUUGUUUUGUUUUGUUUUUUUUUUACUGUGAAUGUUACAAGAAUGUACAUAUCUGUAUAUUUAUAAAUAUAUAUAUUCUCCCUUCAAUUAAAGUACAUUUUGUACAGUGCAAAAUGCUUACUUGUUUACUGAGGGAUAUAAACUCUUUUUGCAGAACGUGAAAUAGCCAUGUUACGGUUUUUAUACUACACCUGUCCCAUCAAUUGAAUUCUUUCAAGGUGUCCUUUUGUAUCUACUUCUUUUUUCUUUUUUAAUUUUUUUUUCUUUUAGUUUUGUGGCAUUUGUACUCACCAUAUUUCCUACCACACUUAAGUUAUAAUAAAGAUUAUUUUUAAUUACUAAGCACAUCAGUCCAUAUGCACAGUCACUCUUUCCAUCAGCAGCCUCUUCACUAUCAGGCUCAUAGUUUAAGUUCAGAGCAAGCCAGUUUUGUGUAUCAUUCAAAAUACUUACCAAGAAGGGCUCCACAGGGACUGCCAGAAAAUGUGCUUGAAGCUCCAGGAUUGUUACCAAACUUGCACUGAUUACUCCUCUCUCUUUGAAGACAGACUCUUCUCUGACAGAAGAGAUUCUUUCAAUCAGUUUUCCCUUUUCAAACAUUCAGGUUUACAGCACACACCUUGGGGAAUGUAGAGCUGCCUAUGGAGCAGGGAGUCAAAGCUGCAGCGAACAGGGGGCAGUUCGCACAUAGAGGCACUGCAUCAAAUGGAGAGUGUGUCUCAUCUCAUUGUAGGUUAGAGCCACCAUUUGAGAAGUUUAUUAGGUAAAGCUGAUCUGCUACACUAUUACAACCAUUAAAAAUCACACAUUCAGUUCAAAAGCAGCAGAUAGGAAGGAGCAAAUUAUGCUGUGAAUAAAGUCAUUGAGGAAAUGAGAAAAUUCGAACAGACCUUAAAGCUUCCAAAACCUGAAGGCAAAUAAAAAUGACCAGACCCUUUGUCUCAUAGCUUGUACAUUUUUAUGCUUGCAGAGCUGACAAUUCUGCCUUUUCCUGACAUGUUAAUGCACUCCUUUGCAGAGUAGGACCAACCACAGAGGUGAGUAUCACAAGGCUCAUGCCUACCAAUUAGUAAAGAAGGAAGCAGCAAGCAAUAAUUACAAAAGCUCUUAGGGCUGCAGCAGGCUUACUUGGGAAAAUUUAAAGCUCAGGGCCAUCCCAGGAAGGUAUGUUCAGAAGAAGUUCCUGUAUCAAAGUAGCUCAGCAGCAGUGCAGAUGGAAGAGAUGGGCAGCUUGCUAGAAGUGCACUUGGGAAAGAGGUUUAACUGGUGGUAAAGGUAUCCUUUUGCUGUGGUGGUUUUCACUAGCCCUGUCAUGUCUCAGCAUUUGGCCCCAUAAGUAGAGACCUGUAGCACUCCUAUACUACUGUAGUGACAAAGCAGCAUGUUAGGCUGCCCAGUUUCACACUGCUGCUGGCACCUCUGUUGUAUCCAUCAGACCUUCACUAUAGCUUCACCCUAUCCUGCAGCCUGUGAUACACAGAUUAAUGUGCACUUCAAAUUUAGGAGUCAAUACAACUGUCAAACACUAUCUUAAGUAUAGCUCCCUGAAUUGCAGUGGGAUAGUCCUGAGGAAAGGAUCCACAGCACCCAGCUUCAAAUGGCUGCAGUGCCCCCGAGGGUAGAUGUGUCCUCACAACUGAUCACAUUUCAUUACAGGCAGUUGCCAGCAGUUCAACAAACAGCAGCAAAUUAAGGUUCCUCAUUAUGCCAUUAUCAGUUGCUGAACAGCUUUGUGUUAUUACAAGAAUGGAAAGAUAAAUGAGUAACACAAACAUUUUCUGCUGAUGAAAAACAUUGAUGAGAACAAAAUUCAGUCUUAAGAACAUUGGAGUGCAGAAAAAACACAGCCUUGGCAAAAUUUGCAUAUCUUAUUAAACUCUCAAAUCCAGUUCUGAAAGCAAGUUGAGCUGGGCCUUGAGGAAAAGCAAAGGAAUACGCAUCACACAUUCUUAGAAAAAACCCAAAAAAUCUAUGUCUAACUUCAUUACUUAUGCAGAGGCCACACCAUAAGCUUCAACACAGGACAACGCUGCAGGCCCUCACAUAAGCAAUCCAAUGCCAAAAAACAAGUGAGUUUCAGCUGCCCAAGCAAGUAGCUAUUAUGGUCUAAUUAAUUUCUCCACACAUUGUCUUAAGUGCAAUGGGUAUUUAGCAAAAAUAAAAAAUUUCAGCGCAAACCCGUUAUGAGUUCUUCCUCACACAAACAAGGCACCUGCUCCAUGGUUUGCUUGUCCCUGCACAGCUGCUCAUUCUCAUUCACCUCCCCCCUCUUCACUCUUGCAUGACUAAAAUUCAGUCGUGUUCAGACAUGCACAUCUUACGGGAAAAGUGCUAGGACACUGUAGAUAACAUCCCACUUCCUCACAGCCUGAGCCUGCUUCAGUGAAAGACAAGAUCGUGUCUAUACCCUCUGCAGUGAAAAGGAGUCAACAUGCUGGUAGCACAAAUGCAUUUGACUUCUUGAAAAGAAUCACAUUCUGUAGUUAAGUUUCAGAACUAAUAAUUUUAUUGUGCUAGACAGAAUGUUCUCUCUAAUUUAGCUGGAUAUAAAGGUUGUCUUUAGUGAUGGUGAUUUUUCAGCUGCUUCAUAGUUAUGUUUCAGUGAUAAAUGCGUUUCCCUAUAUACUUAAAAUGUCAGAUGGUUGUAAGAGAACUAAUCACAAACAAAUCUCUGUAUAAUUUCUACACCUUUGACAAGCUGUUAGCACAUGAAAUACAAAGUUCCUAGACUUAGUGUGUAGCACAGUGCUACUGCAUGCAUGUUCACACUUGGGAAUUUUCAGAACAAUAAACUCAAUCCUUUUAGAACAUUUUUAAAAACCAAUUAUUGCAGCAUCCUAAAACUGCUGGGAACAUUUCCAUACAUUAAUGUCUGAACAAUAGGGAUAUCAGUGUUUGAUCAAGGUUCAGUGCAUCUGUGACAAAGCAUGUAUGUAGGUUUUAUUACUGUGGCACAAGCUUGGCUCUCACACCUGGCCUUCUCCUGCAGCACAGGUUUUUUUCAGUUUACACAGCAAACUAUCCUCUCUGCUAACAAAUUGGACUUAAUAAAAGCGUAAGUCUUGGUAUAAAACAUUAGUAUGCAUUAUGAGUGGCCUUUUUGAUGUAGAAAUUUAUUCUGUUAUAGGUGGGCCAAAUGCUGCAAUACACCCAUCAGCCUACUUGCAGAACUUCCAUUAUUUAUUUGUACACAGGCUAUUUCAACAGAAGGAUCAAGCAUAUCAAGGGACUCACACAUCUUAUUUAAAUAAAAUCAAUCCAGAAAAAGCAUUAAGGUUUAAACCUAAUAAGCUUUCUUCUUGAUCAACCUGAAGAAACACAGAUACUGCACACAAAUUCUGGAUUUGUCUCUUUCUGGAAGUUCUGUUCCAACAACAGCACCUGAACUACAGCAGUUCAGAGCAGGAAGUGAAACAGUGGAAAAGCUGCACACUUGCUGUCUCAUUUUGGUCUGCUAGUUAUGCCACAGUCCCCUCUUUCCUUCUACAGCCUCUGCAAAUGCAAUAUGCCUGAUGUUUAAA